AUGUCACCAGCCUGCUGCAAUCCUAUCCCAGUUCCCAGCCCAACAACAUGUGCAUUGCCCAGUGGCAAUUUCCCUGGUCCUCAUCAACCUAUGGACCUUUCAGACACUCCUGCAUCAUUCAGCUCCACAUCAAUACCACUGGCUAGAUCCCCAUCACUGGUGCCAAUCCUGUUGUCACAUUCAGAGCUUUUAGCAGUCUCCCAGGAGUUUGCUAUACAGCUGGGAGUUGAUACUCCACAAACUGAGUGUAUUAUGCCAAUACCCUGGUGGAUGCAACCAGGGAGUGGUGAUCACAUAUUCUGGCAACAGUUAGCAGAUCUUCUGGAGGAAGAGCUGGCAGGUGUAGGCUACUGUCUUAAACCAGACCAGCUUUAA